AUGAUCGACGAUGAUUUUGAGGGUGUAACUUUUAGCCACUUAAUCUUCAAGUCUCGACUAUACGAUGCUCUAGGCACUUGUGUUAUUAUUUUAAAUUGCCUCAUUCUAACUGUGAUUUGUACAGACAAUUUUUUAAAGCGAAAAAUGAUAAACGGUGUUGCAUAUUUGGUAAGCGGAGUUGGUCGAGAAAUUGCUGUUCGAUAUGAUCACUAUAACAGAUAUAUUCCAGUUUGGAAAUGCAUGACAACUAAACCAUGGCCAGUUUUAUUACUCAUUGGAGGUAUUUCUUUUUUUAAAUACUCUAUUUUAGUAUGGAUCACAUUGGCGUAUGUCUCAUCCUACUAUAGCAACUCUAAAACUGAUUCUCUUUGUUCUGUGCUGGAAUCGGCUGGGGAUGAAUUUGGAACGUUAAACUUCUCAUCAAUGGCCCUAUUUUAUGCAGUAGCCACUAUUCUGACAUUUCGGGUUUUUCAAAUUACCAAGAAUUCAAACGCGGUAAACAAAUCUGAAAUACGUCGUCAAAAACUGCUGCUAACAAUUGACUUUAUUUCACUUCUACAAGUGGCAAUACCCAGUGUACUUCUAAUUUUGGAUUUAUGGCGUUUAAUAGAUUUAUCCUUCUUUCAAAUAGCCUCUUAUAUCUUGUACGGUUCAUCGUCACUCUGGAAAAUACUUAUAUAUGUGAUAUUUCGCCCCGAUUUUCGUAAUAGGUUAUUUCGAAUACUGCACAUCAGACGCAUCGAUCAUGGAACAUUUAAAUCAGAAAUCUCACGAUCAAAGAUCAUCAACAGUUCAGUACUUAUGACGGUUCAACUGGACUAA